CGUAGCUUCCUACGAUCCGGACGAAGAAGCCACACACGGCUUCACGCCGCCUCCAUUCUAGCUGCAUUGUCUGGUGAUCUCUGGUCCAGAGCAGCAGCGCGUCGGCGAGCGAAAGGGAUCGUACCAUGGAGGCCGCCGACCUCCUCGACGGGAACGGGAAGAACAAGCCGCCGCCGCAGCCCAGGCGGCGGCGGUGGUACUGCAGCACGACGGCGGUCACGCUGCUCAUGUUCCUGCUCACCAACACCGUCUCCAUCGUCGUCUCCUCGGGCGCCGGCCCCUCCCUCCUCCGCCGCUACAAGCCCUCCACCAUCCGCCUCUGGGACGGCUCUGCCGCGCUCCUCGCCGACCUCAACGCCACGCAGGCCGACCUCGCCGCCAGCCGCGCCGAGCUCGCGGGACUCUACGCCCGCGUCGGCACCGCCAACGAGCUCCUCCGCACCCUGCUCGACUCCAUGGCCGCGCGGGACGCCGCGGACAUCGUCGCCAUCGCCGGCGGAUGGAAGCGAGAGCCCUCCGGCGAGCUGAAGCUGGCCGUCGGACCACAUAACACGUCCAUGACCGCCGGACACGGCCGGAACGCCACCGGCGAGGCGGCGACGGCGGUGUUCCCGGCUCUGGGCCACGGGUGCGUCCGCGUCCAGGACGACCUCGAGCGAUACAUGAACUACACUCCCGGUGGGGAGUGCCCGUCCGACGAGGCGCUGGCGCACCGGCUGAUGCGCAGCGGUUGCGAGCCCCUAACGCGGCGCCGGUGCCGCGCGCCGUCGCCCAAGGGGUACCGGCAACCGUCGCCGCUGCCGACGAGCCUCUGGGUCACGCCACCGGACACCAGCGUGCUCUGGGACGCGUACUACCCGUGCAAGAACUACUCGUGCCUGGCGAGCUCCCGCGGCGUCGACCUCCGCCGCGUCGGCCGGGAGAAGGCCCGGUGGGCGCGCGACGACGGCGCGCUGUCCUACUCCAUCGCCACCGUGCUCGCGACCCGCCCCAACGGCACGGUGCGCGUCGGCCUCGACCUCGCCGGCGGCGGGUCCUCCUACUCCCCCGGCACGUUCGCGGCGCGGAUGCUGGAUCACGGGGUCACCGUGGUGACCGCGGCCGUGAGCGCCGCCGCGCCGCUCAACAGCUUCGUCGCGUCGCGGGGGCUCAUCUCCGUGCACGUCACCGCCGCGCACCGGCUGCCCUUCUUCGACCGCACGCUCGACAUCGUGCACGCGGCGGCGGGUGGCCUCGGCGACGGCGGCGGAUCGAGGGUCCCCGCCGACGUGAUGCUGGAGUUCGCGCUGUUCGACGUGUACAGGGUGCUGAGGCCCGGGGGCCUGUUCUGGCUCGACCACUUCCCCUGCCCCGGGGCGCAGCUCAACGCGACGGUGGCGCCAAUGCUUGGUCGCGUCGGGUUCAAGAAGCUCCGGUGGAACACCGGCCGGGGGAAGGAGAAGGACCAGUGGUACGUCUCGGCGCUGUUGGAGAAGCCCAUGGCAUAAGAAAAUUGUGGGUUUUUUUCUCAUAGGAAACUAGUGGUUGUAAUAAUCCUGUAAUGUUCUUCUUGCUUGAUUCCUGCUUGUCUCUCUGGCAUUUUGCACGA